AUGAAAAAGAGUAAAAUCACCGUGAAAAGAAUUUGGAAGAAGGAGACGAUCGCAAAGAACAAUGAGGAAAACUCAGUCUCUAUUCCUCUAGAUCUGAUCAGAGAGAUUCUCACAAGACUGCCGGCUAAACCCUUAGUCAAGUUAAUCUCUAUUGCAAAGCUCUGGUAUUCUACAAUCCGAAAGAAAGAUUUCACCGAUCUUUUCCUGGCUCGUUCGUUGACUCGCCCGUGUUUUCUCUUCACAUUCAGUCAUGCCGCCGCCAACAGGUUCUUCUUCAACUCAUUCUUUUAUAAGCCACCAUCGUCUCUUCAUCGUAACACUACAUCAUAUACUACUCUGGAUCAAGAUUAUACGAUUUCAACACCAGUCCGCGGCUUGAUGUCUUGUCAAAAUGGUUCUAAAGUGGUCAUUUUCAAUCCUAGCACAGGCCAAGUCCUAGCUUUACCUAAAGUCAAAACUAGGAGAAAGAGCGUAUUAAGCUUUUUGGGAUACGAUCCUGUUGAAGAUGUAUACAAAGUGUUGUGCAUGACGAUGGUCCAAGUUCUUUACCAACACAGACCAUUUGUGUGGGGAGAGCAUCAAGUUUUCACUUUAGGAGCUGAGACGAAAGAGUGGAGGCGUGUUGAUUGUCACAUUCCACAUUUUCCUGCAACUCUAGGGUUGUGUAAGGACGGAGUUGUAUACUAUGGAGCUUGGUCCGACAGUGACCGCAAUGAAUCUCUAGUAGUGUGUUUCGACGUGGGAUCUGAACAAUUUAGGUGUGUGAAAUUACCUAAUGAUGUCGAAAUUCGAACUAAUCAUCGAUCUGAAGUGGUGAACUAUCACAAGAGGAUAGCCUUGGUGGAACAAUCAUAUGGUGGUGUAGUUGACUUGUGGGUUCUUGAUGAUGUCGAGAAAAAAGAAUGGUCAAAGAAGUAUCUUGUGGUUCCUUGUUGGAAUGAUUUAGUUGGACAGAAUUACUAUUUCCGUUGCAGGGGUACCAUAAGUACCGGCGAGUUUGUAUUUACACCACACUCUCAGCCUAACCCGUCAUUCAUCGUCUACUAUGAUCUCAAGAAAGAUAGUGCUAGAAGAGUGGAGCCUGAAGAUGGCUUUCCUAUUACGAACGUCUUUUUGAAUCAUGUGGAGAAUCCUAUGUUUCUCUAG